GACAGAGCGACUGGCCCGCGACAUAAUCCGGGACAUGGGGGGACACCACAUCGUAGCUCUGUGUGUGCUGAAAGGGGGCUACAAGUUCUUUGCGGACCUCCUGGACUACAUUAAGGCGCUGAACCAGAACAGUGAUAAAUCAGUCCCGCUGACGGUGGAUUUCAUUAGGGUGAAGAGCUACUGUAAUGACAAGUCAACCAACAGCGUCAAAGUCAUAGGAGGGGAUGAGCUGUCCAGUCUCUCAGGCAAGAAUGUUUUGAUUGUUGAGGAUAUCGUGGAGACAGGAAGGACGAUGCAGACGCUACUCUCCCUGCUGAGCGAAUGUAAUCCCAAGAUGGUGAAAGUUGUGAGCCUUCUGGUGAAGAGGACCCCGAGGAGCUCAGGCUACAGACCGGACUACAUUGGCUUUGAGGUGCCAGAUGCCUUUCUGGUGGGUUACGCUUUGGAUUACAACGAGUACUUCAGAGAUCUCAGUCACAUCUGUAUACUGAACGAUCAAGCCAAGGAGAAGUACAAAGUGUGAGCAGAUGAUGUGCUGUAGAGGCUGAAUCAAUGAAGACUAGGACCACUGUGAUGACCCUCCUUAGCUUUGCUGUGUUUUGAAUGUUAUUUAUUUUUCUACAUAAGAAUCCACAAAAAGUGACUUGUGGGUUGUGACUAACUUCAAGAAGGACAUUUAUUUCCCCCCUUGAGAGUAAGUGGGAUUAAUAAUGUAUAUUAUGAAUAUUUUGGUUGUUGAAUUUUAAUUUAUGUAGAUAAUUUAUGUGUUUAGCUGUAAAUCAGUCUUUUUUUUGUUGUUGUUGGAAAUAGAAAUGAAGAAUGUCAUCUAUUUGCUCUGGCUUAUUAAAUCUCAUGUCUCAGGCUACUGCUUGAUGUUCAGUGAGCUGUCAGUCAGAUGUUAGUAGCCUUCCGUUUGUACAUGUUUGGAUUUAUAAUGCUGAUAUAUCCUCUCAUUAUGCCAUAAAAAUGACUUGUAAUGUACUGUAAGUUUUCUUUAAUGCCCGAUGUUUUCAUCGAGGACCUGUUUACAGCAAUACAACCCCCGUUGAAACCUCGA